AUGCCGAUUUUUGUUGUUAAGGAUUCAUUUUGGUUCAUUGACAGCUUUGAUGAUGAAACAAAAACACCUGCUUGUAUACAACCUAUCAAUUACGAUAUGUGUACUAAUUGUAUAGUUUGCAAAGGGUGUAUUUACUCUCGACGUACUUUUAGAUUAAUUAUUCAAUAGUUUUUUCUAAAAGCAAUAGGUAUUCUUCGAUGCAUCAAGGCUCAAUCCAGAAACACCGAUUCUGCCAGGGAAAAAUGGAUUUCCUUUUCGUCAGACUUUGCAUCUGGUUGAUAAGCAUACUAUCCAGUGUUAAUCUUGCUAUGUGCUGGAUUUUACGACUUCCUUGCAAAACAGAGGCGAAUUUCACCAUAUCAGCAGUUGGGUAUGCCCUAGAGCACAACGUAUUGAUGAAACUGACGCUUCCUCUGGAUGAAUGCAGGGAAAAUUGCAUUUAUACAGCUUACUGCAAAUCUUUCAAUUAUAAGCAAUCUGGACUCGAAAAUUGCGAGCUGAACAGUGAGACAAAUGUAACGAAACCAACCAAUCUGGUUCAAAAAAGUAACUGGACAUACUUCGCAACAAACCAGUUUACAAGAGCAAUUGGAUCACUAUGCCAGAAACUUAGGCCCUGCAGUGCACAGCAAUUCUGUAUUGACGACUGUGCAUGCCCGGGUUAUCGUUGUGUCAGUUGUGCGCAGGCUUAUGAAGCCUCCUUUGGAUGGUUUGACUCAAGCAAAUUUCAGCCAUCUUGCAAAAGCAUUCAAGCUUCGGGCAUCACAACAAGUGGAAGUUAUUCGCUUGAUGGCAUUGGAAAUCACUACUGCAUGAUGGGUGGCGACUGUGGACCAGGAGGUUGGACACUAGCAAUGAAGCUUGAUGGGGAAACGGAUACUUUCAAAGCAGCCUCAGCGUUUUGGGCCAAUGAAGACUUGUACAACUCUACAUCAACAGACCUCAAUGAUGGAAAUGCCAAGUUCAAUGCAUUUAGCAGAAUAGGCUUCGAUUAUGUGUGCAUCGGAAUGAAGUCUAAGGGUGACGCAAUAGAGAACAUCAAGUGGCUAAAGAUACCAAAAUCUUCAUGUUCUUUGUUCGAGAUCUUUGCACCUGGUGAAAGCUCAUUUACGAAUAUCGCUAUUCAAAAAUGGAAGGUUUUGGUACCACAAAACGGCAACCCCCUGCAAGGUAACUGCAAUAGGCAAGGAUUCAACAUUAAAAGGGAUAAUCAACAAAAUAUUUUUGCUAGAAUCGGCAUAAUGGGUAACAACGAAAAUGAAUGUAUCUCGCCAGAUUCUGGAAUUGGAGUGGGUCUAGAUGGACGUAUUGGUGCAACUUACAGUGGAACUGCCUAUGCCAAAAUUCAGGCUUACAUUUUCAUCCAAUGACAUUUGAAGACCUUGGACCAAGUGUUCCAGCUUUCUCGUGAUUAAGAAACAGGAGCAGAAACAGUUUCUUUUGAUAAUUUUCAUGUUGGUAAAUUGAUAAUUGAUAGAAGAGGCCACUAAGACACUUUCUGCUUGCUUGGUAUUGUAGCUUAUACGCACUAGCACCAUCGGUAGCACAGGGCUGUAUUCGACCUGAUUUAAGGAAUCUUCAGAAAUUGGUUUCAAAAAGGGUUGCGAAACCCUUGAAAGUAUUAGGAAUAACAGCUAUUAGACUGGCAUAACUAAUUGAAACUGAAUAAAAAAGAUGUUUAAAACCCUAAAUAUACAACAUCCAGAAUCUGACUGAUUGUAGAGCAUCAUAAGAUAAGAGGAAAUUGAAAGUUUCAAAAAGCUAACAGAACAUUAAGAAAUACAAGGUUAAGGCGAUGCACCUGAAGUUGUCACAUAGAGAGUUCUAAAGUGUGGCAUCAUCUCUUUUUGACUUUUUUAAUUCAGACCUCACAACCUAAAAGUCACCAUGAAAUACUUUGGAAGUUAACUGUGUUAGCAAUCGGAUGAGAUAUGGCCAACAAGGGGUGCCUAUCCUGAAGGGCUGCAGGGAAGCUGCCCCAGCCCUCCUCCUGGAGGGGCAGAGGGGCAAGCACUGCCUUCAAAUAAUAACUUCUAAGAAAAGAUUAUAGAAUCUUGUAGAUAGUUGAUGACUUGUUUGGCCCCUAUCAUUGUGUUAAUUCCAAUUAAAAAUUAAAAAAAUAUAGAAAAUUUCCUUUUUUUGCUGUUGACCUUUCAUAAAGGAAAAUUAUUUUUCAGAAGAGAAUAAUAAACUUCAAAAACCAACGGCGUCUUAUAAGAUAAUGACUUUUUUGCCCAUUGCCAGAACGAGAACGAUACGCUUUUUUGCCUUAAUAUAAGAAACACAUUGCAGUAAACAUUUAUUUGAUUUACCUCUGUUUCAUGUGAUUAUUAUUUUCCAUGCUGCAUUCUCGAUGAUUCUGCAACCAUGGGGUUUUGAGACUAAGCGGACAAUAAAAGCCAGCCCAUGUAUGAUUUUCGUCUAAUCAAAAAUUUAGAAUAAUGAUAAGGACAUUUAAUACCCACUUGCAUGGAUAAUUUUGUCAAAAUUAUGCCUAUGCGUAGAGCAUUAUACUGAAAAAACCAAGCUGUAUGGGUGGAGCAGAUCAAUGUCAUUAUUUCAUUUUGUACAUCCCCAAUCUCUCAUAACUACUCUAUUAUGGUAGAGGAAAAAAAUUGUACUUUUUGCCCUCAGCACCAGCACUGCCCCUCCUGCCUUGAUAUUUGCAGGCGCAGAGCUUUUUCUAAGGCAAAUUUCCAGCUUCACAAAUCAUUAUAAUAUCUCUUGACGAUAUUCACCCUUUAAAGCCAGGUUUCUGUCAGAGCAAAUGCAAACGAAUCCUCUGAAUAAUUUUAUUGUAAGAGAUCAACUUGUUACAGGUGUUGGCAGGGCUACCAAGAGUUUAGGUAGUUGAAGUGCAAAAUCAGAAGUAGAGGCCCCUGCGAGCGAAGCGAGUAGAAAAUUUAUGCAGCUUCGCCCUUUAAAUUAGCUAAAAAUGCACUUCAAGAUGUUUCUUGCAGUUAUUUUCUUGAAACUGUGUAAAACCUUUUUUACUAUUUAAGGCAUAUUUUGUUGUUACGUUUGGUUAAAUCCCUUCUGAAAAUGGAAUUCAUUACUUUAUGUGGCCCUCUAAACCUCGAAGUCCUGAUGCAAUUUGCCCCCUCUGCCCACCUCUUGGCGGCCCUGGUUAAAAUUCUGUUGUAACCUGCUGUAUUCUAGCUGUAUUGCCUUUGUACCACAUUUGCAAUCAGAAACCACAUUCGCUAUUUUCCGCUAUGUGUCCUCUAGCCAUAAUAUUAGCGGGCUACAACGAUUAUACAUACUUAUAGAUGAUAUUCAGACAGGUAGUGUCUUGGGCUGAUUUAUAUUGAGAUCUGCAUAAUAGUGAAAUUUGCUGAAUGUCCGUCAUUCAUCCCACUCAGAACCUCCUCCCCCACUUCCGACGGCCCUGUCAUCUUUAAUUUAAUAAUGUUGACACGUUAAAUUGUAUAUAUAUGCAUUCUAGUAUUCAUAAUGUCAAAUGACUUUGUCUG